AUGGAGAAGAAAUUGAUUCUCCAAACAGGGAGCUUCUUGGAAUUCUUGCCUAUGCUGCAGCAGUUCCGGGAGGAAUAUACUCCAAGUACUCUGCCGUACCACUUGGUGGUGCCUUCGUUACCGGGAUUCACCUUUUCCUCCGGCCCACCACUGGACAGGGACUUUGGAACGGCUGAUAUUGCCCGGGUUUUGGAUCAGCUCAUGGGUGAUCUGGGUUUCGAGAGCGGCUAUAUUGCUCAAGGUGGUGAUAUUGGUAGUCGCAUCGCGCGGCACUUGGGUGUCGACCAUGAGAGUUGCAAAGACGACCAUCUCAAUGCUUCCGAGAAGCGCGGUAUCGAUAGAAUGCUCAACUUCAUGGCCAUGGGAUCCGCCUAUGCAACGGAGCACGGCACUCGGCCUAGUACCAUUGGCCAUGUUCUGUCGACGAGCCCUCUCGCUCUUUUAGCGUGGUAA